UGGCGCAUUCUAGAUGAAAUCCGGCUGCAGUAGGCAACUAUCGGGGGUGUCUGCUCCUCGUUUAUGCAUCAGUCUCCUCGUUCCGCUGGUCUCUCAGGCUUGUGCCGGGUCACCGAGCAUCUUUUCCUGAGUAAUGGCAGAGCAGCCAGGGACUGCUCCCAGGUGACGGAGAAUGGGAUAACCUGCAUCAUAAACGCCACAGAGACCCGGGGCGGCUCUGAUCCUCCGCCCGGCGUGGAGUACAUCCACAUCCCGGUGUCUGACUCCCCGCUGUUCCUGCUCAGGGAUCACUUUGACCAGGUGGCGGAUAAAAUACAGAGCACAGCAGAGCAACAUGGCCGCACACUGGUGCACUGCAACGCCGGCGUGAGCCGCUCCGCCGCCCUCUGCCUGGCCUAUCUGAUGAAGCACCGCGGGGCCACCCUGCUGGAGGCCCACCGGCUGCUGAAGAGCUGUCGGCCCAUCGUCAGGCCGAACCCCGGGUUCUGGAGGCAGCUCAUCCAGUACGAGGCGGAGCUGCGUGGGAGCAGUUCGGUCAGCAUGGUGCCCUCCUGUAUAGGAGAAGUACCCGACAUUUAUGGAGAGGAGGCCAGGAACAUGGUGCUGCUGUGAGGGACCAACACAAGAUAUCUUUUGGGUCCGAGGACAGAUUUAAUGUAUUACAUAUUACUGGGCGAACUGAAGACAUUUUACACGUUUAAUCAAAUGUAAUUGAGAAUUAAUUGCAAAAAUAAAAGCUAAAAUACCAACA